AUGGCGUCUUACUCAGACAACCUGUGUGCAGCAAACGACACCCUCUGCCUGGUCAGAGAGUAUCAGCUGGAUAUCAUAGUGGUACCUGCUUUGCUACUUUCCAUUUCCCUGAUCCUUCUGCUCAUUGUGUUCAUCCUGAGAUGCUGUGCAGCGAAAUCAUCCAACUCUGACUCAGCCCAAACAAAGCAUGUUACACAUCACCACCACAGCGCACACCGACACCAACACCGCGACACACACCAACACCGUCACAGAGACUCGCACCAUCACACACACCAACAACACCACAAUCACCGACGAAACCACACUCACCGCCAACAUCUCAGAGGCAUUGAUGCUCCCCCUGAGCUGAACCCUAUGGAGGGAGAAGUUCUUCCCAUGACAGUGCAAACUCAUGCGCGCAAUACUAAACCUACACCUCCGCAGAGCGGACCCACGGAGUGGCACAGCACCUCCUUCCGUCUGGUCACUCCUCUCCCCUUGUCCUUCUCUGUAAGACCAGAGGGCUCCAUCUCUCUCCAUAGGGCGAGCGUAGACAGACGAGCAGUCAUCCUACGAGUCCUCAAAGAAACUGCCGACGCUGACGAGAGACAGUCAUUCAUCAACUUUGGCAACUUCCUGUCUGAACUGGGGCCUCAUCCGUUCCUGCCCGCCCUCGUAGGCGUGGUCUCACGCCGCACACCGCUCACCAUCGUUAUGGAGGAGCUGGGGCACGGAGAUUUGCUGGGCUUCUUGUGGAGGUGCAGGGAGGACCAUCCAACAGCGGGAAGACCAUGUGACCUGACGGAGAAACGCAUUUUCACCAUGGCAGGACAGGUCGCGUCUGCUCUGGAAUAUUUACAUCGCAAAAACUGCAUCCAUGGCAACAUCGGAGCCCGGAGCGUGUUGGUUGGACGUGACCUCACGGUUAAACUGUGGGGACUGGGUCCGGCUUUUCGACGAAGGCUGGAAGUGGGAACUCCAGGGGAGCUGGAGGAUAUGGAACUUCGCAAGUGGCAGGCUCCAGAGGUGUUGGCCCACCGACCGCACUCCCAUAGCAGCGAUGUCUGGUCGUUUGGCAUCCUGCUUUAUGAAAUGGCAACACUAGGUGACCCUCCAUUCCCCAGAAUCAUGGCCAGUGAGCUGCUGCAGUAUUUACAGCGAGGAAAGACAGUGAAGAGGCCAGUGAACUGCUCCAAUACUCUUUACUCCCUCAUUAAAGCCUGCUGUCAGUGGGUCCCACAGGAUCGCCCGCCAUUGGCUGAACUGAUCCAAAAACUCCAAUCAGGGGAGAGAAGUGCCAACGACAGCACGGUUCUCCGUGUUCCUGAACCUCUGGACAUUGAGAAGUACAUGCGGGAGGCGGGAUACGGAGAGGCCUUCAAUUACGCUGUUCUCUGA